UCCGAGGCCGCAGAAGGAGCAGACCCAGCAGGUGCCAAAAAACGUCUGAGGUGAAGAAGAGCGUGUGGAGUGAAGGGGAGAGGGGUGUCCUUCUAGGAUAGUACUACCCUAAGGAGCUGGCAGCAUGGAGAUCGUGUACGUGUAUGUGAAGAAGCGCAGCGAGUUUGGGAAGCAGUGCAACUUCUCCGACCGGCAGGCGGAGCUGAACAUCGACAUCGCACCCAACCCGGAACUGGCCGAGCAGUUCGUGGAGCGGAACCCAGUGGACACAGGCAUUCAGUGCUCCACCAGCAUGUCGGAACAUGAGGCCAACACAGAACGAUUCGAGAUGGAGACCCGGGGGGUCAAUCACAUUGAGGGGGGCUGGCCCAAGGAUGUGAACCCCCUAGAACUGGAGCAGACGAUCCGAUUCCGGAAGAAGGUGGAGAAAGAUGAGAAUUAUAUCAAUGCCAUCAUGCAGCUGGGCUCGGUCAUGGAGCACUGCAUCAAGCAGAAUAAUGCCAUCGACAUCUACCAGGAGUAUUUUGAUGAUGAAGUGGCGGUGGAGGUGACGGAAGAGGCCCCUUCUGCUAAAACCAUCAAUGUUUUCAGGGACCCACAGGAAAUCAAGCGGCCAGCCACACACCUCUCCUGGCAUCCAGAUGGUAACAGGAAGCUGGCAGUGGCAUAUUCUUGCCUGGACUUUCAACGGGCCCCUGAGAGCAUGAGCAACGAAUCCUACAUCUGGGAUCUGGAAAAUCCCAACCGGCCUGAAAUUACCCUGAAACCAUCUUCUCCUCUUGUUACCUUGGAGUACAACCCCAAAGAUUCUCAUGUGCUCCUGGGAGGCUGCUACAAUGGGCAGAUUGCCUGUUGGGACACUCGGAAGGGCAGCCUGGUGGCGGAGUUGUCCACAAUUGAGUUCAGUCAUCGAGACCCCGUGUACGGAACCAUCUGGCUGCAGUCCAAGACGGGCACCGAAUGCUUCUCAGCAUCCACAGAUGGGCAGGUCAUGUGGUGGGAUAUCCGAAAACUGAGCGAGCCCACCGAAGUGGUGAUCAUGGACAUCAGCAGAAAGGAGCAGCUGGAACAUGCCUUGGGGGCCAUCUCUCUGGAGUUCGAGUCUACUUUGCCAACUAAGUUCAUGGUGGGCACGGAGCAGGGCAUUGUCAUCUCCUGUAAUCGCAAGGCCAAGACAUCAGCCGAGAAGAUCGUGUGCACUUUCUCAGGCCACCAUGGCCCCAUCUACGCCCUGCAGAGGAACCCCUUCUAUCCCAAGAACUUCCUGACGGUUGGGGACUGGACAGCCCGCAUCUGGUCUGAGGACAGCCGGGAGUCAUGCAUCAUGUGGACCAAAUACCACAUGGCUUACCUCACCGAUGGUGCCUGGAGCCCUGUGAGGCCGGCGGUGUUCUUCACCACCAAGAUGGACGGGACCCUGGACAUCUGGGACUUUGUAUUCAAGCAGUGUGAACCUGCCCUCAGCCUGAAGGUGUGUGACGAGGCUCUCUUCUGCCUGCGAGUGCAGGACAAUGGCUGCUUCAUGGCCUGCGGCUCACAGCUGGGCACGACCACACUGCUGGAGGUGUCACAUGGGCUCUCCACACUGCAGAGGAAUGAGAAGAACAUGGCCUCCUCUAUAUUUGAACGUGAGACCCGGCGGGAGAAGAUUCUGGAGGCCAGGCACCGUGAGAUGCGACUGAAGGAGAAAGGGAAGGCCGAAGGCAAGGACGAGGACUUCCGGGAGGAGGAGCCCACCAUGAACCCAGAGGAGCUGGUGGCCAAGGUUGAGGAGGAGUUCUUUGACAUCAUCUUUGCGGAGUUGAAGAAGAAGGAGACGGAGGCCAUGAAGCAUAAGCAGAAGCAUAGCACAAAACAACGCCCGGUGACAGAGGAUGACGAAGAAGAAGAGACUGAAAGAGAGGAGGAGGACAUGGGGACUGAAGAAGAGACUACUGCUUAGAAGGUCGGCCUCAGGCCACACACCCGCUAGCACGUCUGGCACCCCACCCCCACCUCUUGAUAACCUUGACCGUCCAAGUUGCAGGGCUGAGCACCUCCCUUCAGAUGUCACUGGGAAGAGGAGGCGGGGAGCACAGGACAUCACUUUGGUGGGGGUGCAGAGGCAGUGCUCACCCUUGAGCCGGGUGCCCCUCACCCCCACCUGCUCAAGCCCACCUCUGUGACUGCUUUUCCCCACAUAGCCAUUCCAGCAUGGCCUUGCAGAGCCCCCUGAGUUGUGUUUUUCGUCUUUUCUAAUCAGAAUUUGCUUUCAGAAGCUUGCAGUACCCUUGCUGGGUUUAACCAAAGCCAUGGAGAGACCCCCCAAAUCUGUGGGUGUAGGAGGGCAAUUCCUCCUCCUCCUCCUCCUCCUGACUGAUGGACCCUCGGCACCCAUAUACAACUGAAGAGCAGAGACUCUGUCCAUCGAAGCGCUGAACUGGAAAGACAUUUCAAAUUUUAAAAUGUGUCUCAGACAUUCCAGGCACAUUCACCUCCAGGAGCCCAGGUGGGCACCGAGAGCCUGGGUGACCUGGAAUCUUUCUGUCCUCUCAGUUCUAAUCAUAUUAAAUCUACAGUCACCAC